ACGUUAUCCAAUAAUAGACGUUUCCUCGAACGAAUCGAUAUUGUUUCAUUGUGUUUUCAAUUGAAUCCGUGCGUUGUUGUAUGACUAGUGCCGAAGAUCCGCAGCAUCCAUUUCUGUACGAAUCAAUUUGAAAGUAUCUCGUUGUUUUCGCCAAGAUGCCACCAGCACCGAGCGGCAAAGCUGUGAAGAAAGCAGGAAAAGCACAGAAAAAUGUUCGCGCGGGAGAUAAGAAGAAGAAAAGGAAGAGGAGGAAGGAGAGUUUCAGUAUUUAUAUCUACAAAGUUUUAAAACAAGUUCAUCCGGAUACUGGUAUUUCGAGUAAAGCCAUGUCUAUAAUGAACAGUUUCGUCAAUGAUAUAUUCGAAAGAAUUGCAGCCGAAGCUUCACGCCUGGCUCAUUACAAUAAACGAUCGACUAUCACAAGUCGAGAAAUCCAGACAGCGGUUCGUCUCCUGCUUCCUGGAGAGUUGGCCAAACAUGCAGUCUCCGAAGGUACCAAAGCCGUAACUAAAUAUACCAGCUCUAAAUAAAUCAGAAAACUAACGGCCCCUUUUUGGGGUUAAAAAGUUCUCGUAAACUGUAGUCUUUUAUAUGAUCUCAUUUUAAAUGUAAGUCAAAAAAAAUGUUCGAAUUUUAUAUUUGUGAAAUUAAUCUACAGUGCAAUUGUCUCAAAUUAUUAUAUUGAAAGUUGUAUGUGGUAUUUGUAAAGUUGUCCUUUUUUUAAAAAAUUUUAAUAUAUAUAUAUAUAUAUACACACACACACAUUAAAUGUGUAGUUAUUUUAUAAAAAUAAAUGACUUUUAGAA